AUGAGCCUAUUGUCUUUCUUUGGUUGUCUCUUUUUGGCUUAUGGUCCCAUCUUGUCCAUCUUUAUAUUAUUUAUAGCUCCUACUGCACAAUAUGUCCUAUUAACUGUGGCAAGUGCCUUCUUUUGUUUAAUUGCUUUAUUACUGUCAAGUGUCAUUUGGUAUGCAUCCAGGACAAACUAUUACAUAAGCAUACUUUAUAGUAUAGUCAUACAAGAAAUAUGUCGAUAUUGUUUUUAUUUGUUACAAAGACGAGCAGAACACGGGUUAAACAGUAUAUCAGCCAAUCCAAUGUUCCCAUUCAACAAACAUAUAUUCUCUUUUGUAUUUGGAUAUGGAUACGCCUUGACGAGUGCAUUGGUUGGAUACAUCUCUCUCUUGGUUGAAUCGAUUGGACCUGGUGUCCUGAUGUGUGAGAGUUGUCCUCAGGCUACCCUGUAUUUUAUAUCUGCCAUCACGACAAGCUUAUUUUCACUUUUACAUAUUGGUUGGAUGAUGAUUUCAUUUGAAGGAUACAGUGAACUACCAAAACCAAGAGGAUACUGCAAAAUCCUCUGGGUCAUCCUAUCCCAUUAUGGUGCUUCCUUUGCAACAACCCUGAAUUCUUCUACAACAGUCAAAUACGGAUGCAUAUACUCAAUCUUUAUUUGUUUAUUCAUCAUUUUAAUUUCUUCAUCCAUCAUCAUUCUCUCACUCAAAUCCAAGUUUAAACUCUUACAUUAA